AUGAACACAGCCGGUGUAGGACUGGCCGUCACGCCAGCCGUCGUCUCGACGUUGUUUUCUCACUACCUUGAUCGGAAGCCGCUCAAACAAAAGCCCACAGCUCAUUUGUCGUAUGACGAGGGCCUCCAUCUCAUUCGAUCAUUCCUAAUACAUGCGUCGCAUCACACCGUCGAGGAGCUUCAGGCUUUCACUUCGCAAUGGGUGCCACAUCCUCAAUGGGUCAAGGUUGAGGAGGUCAAGAUUCCCGAGGACCAAGUCACACAUGCCGCUGCAGUUAUCGAGGAACAGCUGGGUCCGGAUGGAGUACGACAGGUUGGCGGCCGAAAGUGGUGGCAGUGGAGGAAGCCCAACAGCCCUCUGAAAGCGGAAUGGAUCGAGAUGCGCGCUGACUACAACGAGCGCAAGAAGAACAAGGACCCUGGAAAGCGUGUGAUGCUGUAUGUCCACGGCGGAGCAUACUUCUUCGGCAGUGUUGAUGAGCAUCGAUACCAGAUGCAGCGCCACGCGCGAAAGCUCAAGGCGAGGGUUUUUGCUCCUCGCUACCGCCUUGCUCCCCAAUUUCCCUUCCCCUGUGGCCUUCAAGACUGCCUUGCCGCAUACCUCCACCUGCUCACGGUACAAGACCCGAGCACCAUCAUUCUCGCUGGCGAUUCUGCCGGAGGCGGAAUGGUCAUGUCGAUUUUGGUAACCCUUCGAGAUCGCGGUAUCCCACUUCCUGCAGGCGCCAUCCUCGUCAGCCCUUGGGUCGAUCUCACUCACUCCUUUCCGAGUGUCGCCGAGGAGUCUCCUUUCGACUAUAUCCCGGCAUCGGGCUUUCAUCAUAAGCCUUCUCGGGCAUGGCCACCACCGACCGAAGAUGAUCUGGAGGAACUCAAGAAGAUUGCGGUCAAGGACAAGAAGAUUUCGAACAAGGACGAGAAGAUUGCUGCCGAUAGCCCAGAUGCGGGAGAAAAGAAAGACAUCCCUGAGCUUCUCGAUGAAGCUGCUGCGCCGACGCCAUUAGUCCUUGCGAUCAAUGGCAAAGAUGUGAUUGUCAAGGAACAAAUCCAGAUGUAUACAACCAACGAGCUUCUGGCCCAUCCGCUUGUCAGCCCUGUGAUGCAGCCGACACUUGGGGGGCUGCCGCCGCUUCUGAUCAUGACCGGCGGAGGGGAAAUGCUGCGCGAUGAGCAAAUCUACCUUGCGCACAAGUGUGCCAAUCCUUCCAAAUACCUCCCACCUGAACAUCUGUUGGACGACAAAGCUCGGGCGUUGCUCAAGGAAUACAAGCCCACCGAUGUCCAGCUCCAAGUUUGGGACGAUCUCUGCCAUGUGGCUCCGACCCUAAGUUUCACUCGGCCCGCAAAGUACAUGUACCGCUCAAUCGCUCAGUUUGGGGCGUGGGCGCUCGCUCGGGCCCAGAAGACCGGGAUCGAUAUUCUCGACGACGACCAGAUCUCAGUUAUAUCCACCUCGGGCUCGGACACUGAACAACCCGAGGCCCCAAAGAAGGAAGAUGAAAACGUCAAGGAAGAGCGUAUGUUUGCCCAGAUAGGGAAGGCCGGCGAUCCUUUGCCGCCCUUUAAGGACCAUAUGAUUCGUCAAAAGGUUACGCGCCAUGGAGAUGUCUUCCCUCUAGCCGCGCCCGCGGAACUUCCUGGUUGCUGUCUUGAUCGGGAACUCAUCGGCGUGCCCAAACAAGGCCCGGUUGGGAAAUGGCUCCAGACAAAACAGCACUUCAACUCAAAGUUUUCGGGAACCAAGGAUAAGAUGCACAAGCGUCGUCUCAAAGAUUUUGCAGUUGGCUAUGAAACAUUCGGUGAGGGAGAGUAUCCGCCGCCUAGUGCCCUUGCCGGACGACGCAGGAUCGGUGCCGAUCUGUCGGAGAAGAAGAAGACUCGCAGCAUGGGGUUGUCGCUCUGGUCGCUAUGGGGAUCAAAGCACGAUGAGGAGACAGUUGCAAGAGAGCAGCAGGCCGAUGCUCAGCCAGAGGUCAAGACAGCUACAGCCGCCGAAGGCAGUGGCUCCCGACCGUUCAAUGAGAUCGAGAAGCAGGCUCCACCGGAAGCAUUGUCAGCAGCCAGCAGGAGCCGAUCCAGGAGACGGAUAGUCAAGGAUGAGCUGCAGGCUGAUCACGAGGACGAAGUCGAUGAGAAUACCUCCAUAGCAGACCUGCUAGCACGGAGACAGGACGGCAUUGUGGAUGGGGAGGCCAAGCCUGGAUUGCUGUCUCCCAACUCAGCCCUCGACACGGGCGUCUCUGGAAAGAGGCCGUUCCUCAACGGCAUCGCCAUGCCUUUUUCUCUCAAUAAGGAACCGGAAACGGCUAGUAUGCUUACACUGGACUCCACGAUGGACCAGUCCAAGUUGCCCAACUCGAGGCCCAUGAGCCCGGCGACAAUGCGCUCGGCAGAUGGCAUCAGCACUCACUUGGCCUCGCCCCUGGCCAAGGAAGUCGACAGCACUGCUACUACGCCCCUCGAGCGACCUGGCAUGGAAACAUUUGUUACAGCGGUCGAGGAUCUUCCAACAGUUAAUGGUAGUACGAAGUCAGGCGAGUCUACCAAGGCAGACGGGGCCGAAAAGUAA